UGUGUACAGGUGCUUAUCGGAGAUAAAUCAAGAGUUUCCGUAACAGGAAUAUUAUUUAUAUCAACAUCCUUAAUGCGCGCUGUAAUUCAACGUGUUAAGGCCGCUAAAGUCACGGUGCUCGAUGAACUGGUGUCUUCUAUUGGACCCGGCCUCUGCGUGCUGGUUGGCAUUAAGACUAGUGAUACGGCAACUGAUGUAGAAUAUCUCGUGCGCAAGAUUCUCGCAUUGCGGCUGUUUGAGGAUGAGGGGAAACGUUGGCAAAAGUCUGUCAAAGACUUGGAACUGGAUAUACUCUGCGUGUCACAAUUUACACUCUACCAUCGACUAAAGGGCAACAAGCCCGAUUUCUCAGGGGCCAUGAAAGGUGAAGAGGCUAACCAGCUAUACAAUCAAUUCCUAGAUCGUCUGCGACAGUCAUACGUCAGUAGCAAAAUCAAAGAUGGCAAGUUUGGUGCUUAUAUGCAGGUGCAUAUUGAAAACGACGGUCCGGUUACGAUUGAAUUGGAAUCUCCUCAGUCGAAGCGGGCUGAGGAAUGUGCGGAAAAAUAAGAUGGCAUAAAACGUAUUUUUAUUUUUAAUAAAUUGAUGUUUCAA